CAACGCGUUACGCCGUCAGAAGGACUCACGAUAAACGGUCACUUCGUCCCGGGCGAUAUGAUCGUGCAGAUGCCACUAUUCGUCCUCAAUCGCGACGCUCGGAAUUUCGUCAGACCCGACGAAUUUCUGCCUGAGCGAUGGACGACAAGCCCAGACCUUGUGAUCAACCGAACAGCGUUUUUCCCGUUCUCCACCGGGCCGUACAGUUGUGUCGGCAAAACGCUGGCGUAUAUGGAAUUGAGAAGCGUAGUUGGACGGGUGCUCAACGAGUUUGAUGUCGUUUUGCCGGAUGAUUUCGGGGCGGAGUAUUGGAACGGGGUAAGAGAUCACUUCACUGCAGGGCCGCCAAGGCAGGAGGUGAGGUUCGUGAAAGUAGAGGAUCGAUGA